UUCCCAGCCGCCAGGUGGCGCGGAUGAGACUGGUGGCUCCGAGUUGCGUUUCUUCGCCGCUCCUUUCACUUCAUUGGAGGACGAACAUGGCGGCGCCCGUGCGGAUGAUUUUUAAAGCAGGACUCGCGUCAAAAACAGUCUCUCGGCUCUCGCUGAAGUGUCAGGCUGCAGUCCAGAGGUGUGUGUGCAGCACAGAUCAGUCUCCUACAGUGCUCAGCAGCUGGACCUACAGAACCAGUAAUAGUGUUCCAGGGUACAGAUUUCCAACGUGUGAUCUGUUGACUUGUUUUUGCAGGACCCACAUUAACGUGAGUCCCGCAGCCUUUGUGAGCACGGCGAACGUUCCCUCGUCACACUCUCCUCCCGUCACGGUCACGGACGAGCCGGACCUGCUGUUUCAGAAGCUGGUGGUGCUGGUUAAAGGCCACGAUAAAGCGGUCCUUGACAGCUACGAGUUUUUUGUGACUCUGGCUGCCAAGGAGCUCGGCUUAACCCUGACUAAAGUGUUCGAACCGCCGAAUGCCGUCGAGAGGCUCACGCUCCUGAAGUCGGUGCACAUCUUCAAGAAACACAGAGUCCAGUAUGAAAUGAGGACACACUACAGAUCCAUCGAGAUCGCCCAGAUAACCGGAUCAACCGCGGACGUGUACCUGGAGUACAUCCAGCGCAACCUGCCUGAGGGCAUGGCCAUGGAGGUCACUAAGACCGCUAUAGAGAAAGUUCCAGAUCAUAUCCAGACACCGGUAUGGGAUAAGGAGAGCCAACAGGAAGCCAGCCAAUGACGUCUUUUUUGGAAUUUUCUAUUCCAAGCCUUUUGUAUUUAUACAGCGAUCGCAGCUUAUUCGAGGAUUUUCGAAAUUAAAAAUAAAAGGAAAAAAGAA